ACAAGACAAUUGUCAGCUGACCCUGUACAUUUUACAGAUUUUCUUCGUACGCAGCCAAUUUUUUGCGUGUAAAAGGAAAAAAGAACUUUUUCAGGCAAAAAAUUUAUAGAUUUUUUAAGGAAAUUUCUAAAAAAAAUUAAACAAAAUGUCGGGCAAGGAUAGAUUACCAAUUUUCCCCUCCAGAGGUGCUCAAAUGUUAAUGAAGGCUCGUCUGGCUGGUGCUCAAAAGGGUCAUGGUUUGCUAAAGAAGAAAGCUGAUGCCUUGCAAAUGCGUUUCCGUAUGAUUUUGGGCAAAAUUAUUGAGACCAAAACUCUUAUGGGCGAAGUUAUGAAAGAGGCUGCCUUCUCCUUGGCUGAAGCUAAAUUCACCACCGGUGAUUUCAAUCAAGUGGUUUUACAAAACGUCACCAAGGCUCAAAUCAAGAUUCGCACCAAGAAAGACAAUGUGGCUGGUGUAACUUUACCUGUAUUCGAAUCAUAUCAGGAUGGUUCUGAUACCUAUGAAUUAGCCGGUUUGGCUCGUGGUGGUCAACAAUUGGCUAAAUUGAAGAAAAAUUACCAAAGUGCUGUCAAACUCUUGGUAGAAUUGGCUUCAUUGCAGACUUCUUUCGUUACUUUGGAUGAGGUAAUCAAAAUCACCAACAGAAGAGUUAACGCCAUUGAACACGUUAUCAUUCCCCGUAUUGAUCGUACUUUGGCUUACAUCAUCUCCGAAUUGGAUGAAUUGGAACGUGAAGAAUUCUACCGUUUGAAAAAGAUCCAAGAUAAGAAACGUGAAGCUCGUCAAAAAUCCGAUGCCAGAAAGGCUGAACUAUUGAAAAAAGGCGUUGAUGUACGUCAAGUCUCCAGCAUUUUGGAUGAAGGAGAUGAUGAUGUACUCUUCUAAACUGCAUAACAUUAAUGAGAAGCUUUUUAUUCUUAAUUUAGCAACAACAACAACAAUAAUUACUAGUACAUUUUAAUUGUAAACAUAAAAUUUCGAACGUUCGUUUGUUUUUGUUUUUCUCUUUUAUUCUUUAAUUUUUUUGUUUGUUUUCUUUUCGAUUUGGUUGUUUAUAAUUUUCUUGUCAAAAAAGACAUCAAUACAGUAUUUAUUUUAAAAAAAAAUUUAAAAAUGUUCUUAAUUUUAUUCGUUGUAAUACAAAAAAAUUCCAUUAACUAAGUAAAAAUUACUGUAAUAUAAAUAUAUAAAAAAAAUAAACGACUAAAUAAACAAGUAUGUCAUAUAAAUAUAUUCAGCCAAUGUUUGUUAUAAUUUUAAGGCUUAUUAUAAAUUAAUAAAAUAAAUGUUAAUAAAAAAAAUUUACAAAAAAAAAAA